ACCCACUGUACAUCUAAAAAUGCAUUAUUGGUCUUCUGCAGUAAAAUUUUCAGCUGUACAAAUUAUUAUACCAGGCUCCUGCUGCAACACCAGCUGUGGGUCACGGUUAGUGUGCAGCUGGAGGUGCUGGGGUGAGGGGCUGCCUAGGGGACAUGCUUGGCUUGUGGGUGAGUCUGGGGAACCUGGGGGUGGCAGGGCUCUCUGAAGGAAGUGACAAAGCCAUGGGGGCUCAUGGGUAACAAAGCUGGGUCUCUCAUAAAUCACUAUUAGCUACAUCAAAAGAGUUUGCAAUUACAUCAUGAUACAGAGCUUCUGGGACACACUGACUGUCCAAAUACAGAUCUGCAGUUAAUGCUAACCCUUUAAGCUAGAUAAAACUGCCAAGAAGAUGAUCCUUGGGAUACCAUAUACUUGAAUGAGUAAAAUUGCAAUCACUGUUACAGUGAUAUCUUCUCCUCUCUCAGUUUUCAAAUCAUCCCGCAAUAUAUUUUUUUUUAAUGCAGCCAUUCCUCCGUGGUUUCCUAGUACUUCAAGAUCUAACACCAUCUUGUAUCCAAAAAAAGUGGAGGAGGAGUCUGGGAAGUGCUGCACUCCUCCAGCCUUACAGAAGUGGUUACAAAGCAGUGGCAGAAACCAAGAGAGACUUGUCUGUACAUGGGUGGGAAGACAGUCUGCAGUGGCUGGACUCCAAAUUCUGUUUUCGCUGCCCUCCAGUGAAAGUUUUCCUUCCUUUUGGAGAAAAUAGCUACCAUUUGGGAGGGAGCCAUAAUCCCGGCAUUGUUUUCAUUGCAGAAAUCAAGUGGUACCAAAGCUGUAGCGAAAGCUGUCCUGUAGUGUCAGAACCAAGAAGAGAGGCAGAUAGGGUCCCUUGCCAUCAGAUGGUUUACUUUGGCAUCCUAGAUUUUUUUUUGUUGGAGAUCUGCUGGUAAUUUUAUCUGCAGAGAGGCACAGAAUCGAUUUAACACUGCCAACACACUAUUGGAGCCAGCCCACAAUCAGUGUGAAUCCAGUGGUUUAGUACAUCAAUUUGAGUUGCAGCCUAAGUGUCCUGCACUUUGCAGGGGAAAAGGAACAGGAUAGUAUCAGCCACCAGAGUAAAAUUUGGGUGGAGGGGAGGAAAAUGGUCAGAUGGUUUUCUUUUCAAUUCAUAUCUCUCACACAGUUGCUGCCCUCCUUUGAUAUUUGUGCAUGGACCGAAGAAGAUGUGUUUUUCUGGAUGCAACAACUUACUAGAAAAGGCGAUACUUCAGGUGAAAUGAGUGUCUAUGCUAGCUUGUUUAAGGAACAUCAUAUCACUGGGAAGCAAUUGCUGCUUCUAGAAGAAGAGGAUUUAAAGGACAUGGGAAUUGUUUCCAGAGGACACAUCAUCCAUUUAAAGACUGCUAUUGAGAAGUUAACCCAUGACUACCUAAAUCUGUUUCAUUUUCCACCAUUAAUUAAGGAUUCUGCAGGUGGAGCUGAAGAAAGCAUAGAGAAAGUAGUGAAUCUUGAACUUGUUUUUGGUUAUCACUUGAAGCCGGGAAAUGGUCCAAAGGACUGUAAAUGGAAAAUGUACAUGGAGAUGGACGGGGAUGAAAUUGCAAUAACCUACAUAAAAGAUGUGACAUUCAACACUAACCUACCUGAUGUAGAGAUUUUAAAGAUGACAAAGCCACCAUUUGUAAUGGAGAAAUGGAUUGUGGGCAUAGAAGAGCACCAGUCUGUAGAAUGUGUUGUUACGUAUGAGAGUGAUGUUAGAGCUCCCAAAAGCACGAGGCACAUCCAGGCUAUCUGCUGGAGCAAGGUGAAAGCACAGGAUGAGGUGGAGGCAGUACAGCUCUUGAUACAGACCUCGCUCCCCAAUUCAGAAGGGAAUUCACGGAGCAGAUCUGACUCAGGCACUGACAGUCAGUGGAUGCAGACUCUGCGCAUGCACCAGAUAGCAAAAGCCAUUUCUCUGCAGCACGGGCACCCCCACAGCCCGAGCACGGUGACCCAGUACCUGCCCUACCUCCGCAGCCAGGACUCAUACGCCGCUGCCGUCCGCAGGACACGCGCCCCCGUCAGCCACCAGUUCACGUCCAUCAGCCACUCGAGGAAUUCCUCUCCCCUGUCACACAGCUUCAUGAGAAACUUUUCGAGUCUGCACUUGAACUCAAAAGGUAGCAGUGCCUCCAGCACAGCCUCUGACACCCCUUCAGAGAGGGACAGGUCUGCUGGCAAGGGCAGGAACGCCUCACACAGCGCUGCCUCCCGCAGCUCCUCGGACGGGCGGCGCAGCGGGACCAGCUCCCCGGUGCCCCCUCGGCACUCGGCCAGACCCAGCAGGACUUCUUUGCCGGCGGCCGGCCCAGCUUCCCAGCACCGCAGGUACCCCCGCGCCCCUCCGCAGCCCACGGCCAUCCCUGGCAUGCCCCCUCAGGGUGACAGCGAGCCCAGGAGGGGCGAAGGGGAGAGCAGAGCCAGCGAGGGCGGGUGGAUAAAGGUGCAGCACGCAAGGAAACCCCACAGGCAGGCCGCCGGCAAGCCGGGAAAGGACAGAGCCAGGGGCAGCUGGCGGGGCCGGAGGAUGUUCUGAGAGGAAAUCGGCCCUUUAUUUAACUGAACGUUGAACCUAGAGAAGACAUGCUUGUUCCUGUUUAAUUUGCUGCACUGAAGCUGGCACCCACCUGACUGGGGCCUGCCAGCAGACACGGAGAGCUGCCCCUCUCCUCCCGUCACUGUCAGCACCAAGGGAUUUAAUUCGGUUUUCUCCCCUCUCUUUGGCUGCUUGUGUUCUCAGAUGACUGGAUAUCCACUAAUUUGCUUAAUGUUUCACCAAUAAAAUCCGUGAGGCACAGCCGGGUGCCACAAUGAAAGGCUCUCCGUUUCAUCCUUAGGAGAGUUGGGCUGUUACCUCUCUCCUCACCUCAUUUUGCCUCUAGAUGCUGAGUCCAGCUCUGAGUACGGUCUUCUCACCCCUUGUCUAGUCUGCUUCUGCCAGGGCUAUACAAAGAGGUAGUAUUUUUAUUGGACCAGCAUAGUCUGAAAAAACGGGACACAAGGACAUUUUUCUUCAGGUUCACUUUAGUAGCUUCACUUUUCCACUUUCAGCUUGCCAUACCUUCUCAGGAAUUUCUUACUUUGUUCCUUAUUAGAAGCCCCAACAUUAGCUGCCCAACACCACUGAGCACGCUCUGUCACGUACACAGUUGUCUUAAUCAGAAAAAAAAAUCAAAAACUAGGCUUCAUUCUUUUGGGGAAAAAAAAAAUUUAAAUAGGGUGAGAAGAAGGCAUUGCCUUUAUCAUAGUUACAACUAACCCCACUGAGGUCUAUGAUAAUAUUUGUCCCUGUGCAGCUGGUAUUUUUAAUUGAAUUUUUAAAUGUGGCCAGACUGUGUCGCUUUUGUCUUUCAGUAUUCAGGUAGUAAAGACAAGGUCAGCAAAGUUCCUGAUUAAUGUGGUCUUUAGCUCUGCUGAGAACAAAGACACAGCUUAGACUCAGUUGGCGUCAGAAAGUUUCUUCGUGGCCUUUUCACUCCAAGUUGAUUUCACACAAUUAAAAAGGAGAAAAAAAAGUUUGGGUUUCACAAGAUGCAAGAGACAAAAAAAGGAAGAAACAGAUAAAGGAAGCUGAACCCAAAGCAAUGCAUGGUACCGUGUGAAAGCCAAGGAACUGUGAAUUAGCGAUGCCUUUGAACAGUGUGCUGCACACCACCCAUCCCAGGUGGUACUUGCUGGCACACCAUUGUGUGCGAUGCUGGCAGAGCUGCUGGCACAUCACCCGCUCAGGGUGAGGGGGUAUCACCACAGCCCUGUCACUGGAUGUUCUAAAGGAUGUGUAAAUUCCCUGCUCUGCACAAAGGCCACUUCUGUGGGUACAUGCAGCUCUCGUUCCUCUGACUGCCACCAGUCCCAGUGAGGGCUGAGCCCUGGCAUGAGUUUCCAGUAAGUACCAGAGUGAACUGGGACUUACAUUUCAUGAAUUCAGGACAGGUCCACCAAAACGAAUGGAGCAAGACACCAAUGACACCAGGUGUCAGGAACUGGAUCUCUGCCACUCAAGUCCCUUUUCCUCUAACAACAGUUAAGAGCAGAAAGGAGCUUUACCUUGAAGUGAAUUCAGCUGCAUGUGAUGACCUGUGGUAACAAAGUUUGCCAUUUUUUUGUGUCUUCAAACUGGCUAAAAGCUAGUUAGUAACCCAACUUCUGGCCCUGGUUUACUGAGCAUGACAACUAAUUUGGGGGACACGGACAAUCUAGCACUGGAUGUUUCUCUGUCAUAAUUUAGCAGGGGACUGGGAUUGUGUUUAGGUUGGGGAUCCUUCCUUGACAUUUCUUGCCAUGACUACAAUGGGCUGGAGGACACCAACUAAUGGUAACUGAGAGUAGUUGCUCAAAAUGGGCUUGUGUUAUUAAAAUUUGGAUAUGCAUCUCAGGAAUCACAGUUGGGCCUGCACAAAUCCUAAGAAAGAAAUUGCAAGAGUUUGGAAAGGCAGCUUUCUCUCCUAGGGUGAUCAGGAUGGUGGUGUAGUUGUACAAGCCUGAGACACUGGACUGGUGACGGCAAUUCAAGACUUAUCAGCUGCCUGUGGUUGUUUGUCAAGAUGUCCAGCAGGAUUCCUCUGCUGUUUGUAAGCUAUUUAAUGCCAUGCCUAAUUUUAAUCUGCAAUGUACUGUUUGUCCACAUCUGUUGUAUUAAAGUGUUCAUUAGCAUUUAAAGAAGGAGCGGAUGGUAUUGAUCAUGCCCAUUAAAAUUAAACAAUGAUGCAUUAGUGACUGAUUAAAAAUCCUUUCACUGUACCAGCAUUGCUGGUUAAAGCAACAGUGAGUGAACUUGUAAAAAAAAAUGUUUAGCAAGAUUUAGUUUUCUGUCUUGUUUUUUAUUGCUC